CACCCGCUGCCAGUCCUGCUGCCAGCUCAGAUCACAUACACCACUUCAGGCCACACCUUCCAUACCCUGGGCCAGAUCACCGCGUGUAAACGGCCGCUUCGACCGAUGACGACACGCUGCAACUACGAGUCGGUAGCACCUCAGGGCCCGCUUUGCCCGCUGACCGACAUCCUCCUUGAUGGCCCGGCGAUCGACCUCGCUGCGAAAACCCCCAACAGCAUAGCCUUCGCCAGCAGGUAGUCAUGGGCACCUGGACGAGUUUCCUCCUGGCCUACCUCCUGGGUGGCGUCACAUUCCUGCCGAUACUCGUCAUCCUCGUCCUCCUGCACGCUCAUCUCACGUUCCCGGUCCUCGAGCCUGAAGGAGCGACGCCAUUGCGUAAAGAGAGCGACAUCGUCCAGCCUGGCGACGACACCGAUGCGCUUGACUCUUACACCUCGCAGAAGUCGCCAAAGCCAACAUUUGCCGCAGGCAACGACGUCGCCUCAGGCUACUUUGCAGUAUGCCGUGACUACACCCCCAUGGGCAUUACUGCCAAGCCCAUCGAGCGUGUCUCUCCGGCCGGCUCGACAACGGUCGCCGCCCCGAGUCAGAGCGUGUAUCAAUCCAUGUACAAAAGCAUAUUCGACAGGAAACAAGGACCCGGCCCGUUGGACGACAACAAGGCGCUUAGCCAGCGUCCAAAAAGAGCAGGCAAUGUGUUCUUUGUCGUGCUGAGACACGGGCAUAUCAUGCUCUUUGACGAUGAGGAGCAGCUCGAGGUGCGCCACGUCAUAUCGCUGGCCCACCAUGAUAUUAGCAUUUACUCGGGAGAACAAGCCACCCCGGAAGGCGAGCUGUUUAUCAAGCGCAAUGCCCUGCGGCUCGCACGCAAGACGGCCAACAAAAUCCUGACUCCAGAUACCCAAGUCUCCAAGCCGUUCUAUCUGUUCUCGGAGAACUGCUCGGCCAAGGAAGACUUCUACUUUUCAUUACUCAAAAACCAGGAGCAGACCUUUGGAGGGCCUGGCUCUGCCCCCAAGCCCAGGACGUUUGACGUCAAGAACAUCAUCUCGCUUGUACAGAGGCUCCACUCCAAUGAGGAACAGAUGCAAACACGUUGGCUCAACGCACUCAUCGGGAGGAUAUUCCUCGGCAUUCAUGGGACCAAAGACAUCGAGAACUCGAUCCGGGAGAAACUCACGAAGAAGAUCUCCCGCGUCCAGCGUCCCAACUUUCUGACCAGGAUCGAGAUUCGCAAUAUCGACACAGGGGACUCGGCGCCAUUCAUCACGAACCCCCGGCUCAAAGACCUGAACGUGGAAGGAGAAUAUGUUAUGGAAGCCGACAUCAAGUAUACAGGCAAUUUCAGGCUCGAGGUGGCUGCUGUGGCUCGAAUCGACCUUGGGAAAACCUUGAAAGCCCGCGAGGUCAACCUCGUACUCGCCGUUGUGCUAAAGAAGCUCGAGGGUCACAUUUUUUUCAAGAUCAAGCCGCCUCCAAGUAAUCGGAUAUGGUUCUCCUUCCAGUCCAUGCCAAAGAUGGAGAUGUCAAUUGAACCAAUCGUCAGCUCGAGGCAGAUUACAUACACCGUCAUUCUGCGACAGAUAGAGAACAGAAUCAAGGAAGUUAUGGCGGAGACACUCGUGGCGCCUUUCUGGGAUGACGUCCCGUUCUUCAGCACCGAGCACAAGCAAUGGAGAGGAGGAAUAUUCGAGGGCGAUGACGCCGUUGAGCAUGCGAAGGAUCACGAGCAGGUCGCCGCUCAGUUGGGCCAGGUAGACGAGGUCGCACGAGUUGAAGACUCGCCAAACGCUCCUUCUUCCCCCGAACUACCACCAGCCGAGGCUAGCCAUAAUUUGCCCAAUCUGGAUGGCUCACAUACUUCGGGUUUCUGGAACCGCAAACUCACACCUAGAAAGACACACGGCAUCGCAGGAAACCAUCACGCUGCUUCAGUCUCUGCCACGGAGCUGGACACCGGCAGUACUCAGACUCAGACUUCGGCACCAGAGCCACCCCGAGUUAUGAGGACAGCUUCAUUUUCGGCAUCUACCCCUGUGGUUGGCACCGAUCCCACACACGCAGAUACGUCCAAGACGAGUUUCGCCAAGGAUCGAGGGACGGCAGCGAUCUCCAUGGCCAGCAUUUCAGCUCGCUCUCAGAACUCCACUCCUGGUCACACGCCCGUCGGAUCACCUUCCAAGGGCUCCUUGAUGGAUAUGGCUGUGAGCCACUCGAAUUCCUCGUCAGAGCAGAAUCUUGUGGAUCCCUACCAGGACGAUUACACUAAACCCGGCCGGCGCGGCACUAUAUCGUCUAUUGGCAGUACACACAGUCAAUCAAGCGACAACGGCGGCACUACCGACCCGUCCAGCGCAUCAACUCGGUCUGUGCUCAGCGGCACCGGCUCAAUCGGAAAGGGAUUCUUUGGGCGUAGAGAGACUGGACUGUCUUCGCACACACAUGAGAUGUUGAGUGAUAAACGAACCAACACUCUCGCGGCGGUGUCUAGUGCAGCUGCAAGUGCCAAACGUUGGGGCUGGAACGCAAUACAGCGGCAGGCUGAGCGGUCAGCUAAUGGGCGCAAGCUCUCUGAUCCGCCUUUGGAUCUGAAUCAACCUAUGGGACGAGGCCAACCACUGCCUCCACCUGGCACUCCGCUGCCGAUGCCUGGUCAAAAAAUACAACCAAUUACUGUCCCGAGGAGAAAGCCCGUCUCGGCAAAUGCCUCGCCCAGGAUGGACAGUGUCGAGGAGUUUAAGGGCGAACAGCUCGCGCCCCCUACGCAGCCGCCCAUGACACGACGGAGACGUAUAUCUGAACACUGGGGACAUGACAUGCCUGAGGAGAAUGACCUCGUCGUUGAAGCGCCAAACGAAUCGAACCCGACGACGCCGCUGCAUGAAGUGCCUGCGGAUUAUGGCGGGCACUGGACGGACGAGAUUGCAGAGGCUCCGGCUGCCGACACGAGGACGACAAGCAGUGAUUCCGUGACCGUCGCGUCGUCACGGUCCAGCCAGGUCGAACCUGCAAGCCAGACCUCGAUGGGAAGCACAACGGAGGUGCCUCCGUCAUUACCUGCGCGGAAAAGCCUGGUGCAGGACGACGACGAGGACGGCUUCUCGAGCUGGAUGGACAACGGGGAGGAGCCUCCGAGUGUGAACCCCGGUGUGGUUGGGGCAUGAGCGACCGUACCCUGGGGGGGCCGUCGCGGCUGACAUGAAAGUAAUCAUUCUGGGAGUUUUGGAUACCAGCGGCGCAAUGGAAGGGAGGUCUUCCCGUGAUUUGAUAAACCUCGAUAGCUUCAUAAGCUGAAUACAAGAAGAAAGGCAGAGAAUAGAUAAAGCCUGUCUCACAUGAGUCGUACCAGUUCUAGAAUGGAAUCCACCACAGAUGGCACCCAGCCGAG